ACUUUCACUCGGCCAACACACACCGCUCCAUCGAUCGGCAUUAGUCAACAGACGCACUCAGUGGCAUGUGACUAAACUAUAAUGCAUAGUUCGCCGCAAUGUGACUUUUUCACAAUAUACGCACCGGCGCUGACUCAUCGCAUACCUGCGUGAUUACACGCAGCAUAUUCGCUGUAUAGAGUAAGCAACAUGAUGCGCCGAUUCCCUUCGCAUUCCUUUUCUCCGUGGUUUAUAUUCGAAUUUCUCGGGCAACGGUGAUAUUUUUCUAUCGUUCCUUAUUCCAUCCUUUUUUUCUACUUCGCACACCUAAGUUUUUACCGGUUGUUUAAACCGGUGAAUUAUUAUCAAAGAUUCUGUGAAUCUUUUACAUAAAAAUGGGGAAAUUAGCAUGGAUCGUUCAUGGAUUAUUCGGCAUCGUGUUAGUCGCCGGGAUUAUCGGGAUGGCGGUGUACGGAUCGUAUUUAGAAGCCCGUGGCCCAUUUCUUCUCGUCAAUAACUACAUCGCGCUAUGGCUGACAUCUCUACUAACAUUUUUUACGCUACAGUCGUUUUAUACAUUAAUCGCUCCGCAUCCACAUUAUGAGCAAUUCGCCUUCGCUCUUAUCCAAUUCAUCUACCAUUUUUUAACCGGUUCAUUAUGCUUAAUAAUCUGCGUCGGAUAUGCGCUAUACGGCCGUGUGGAAUUAGCCAUCUGGUCAGCAGUAGCGACUAUAAUCUGCUGGAUAAAUAUUUACCUCGUUAUCUACGUCCGCCGGGAUAAAUUACUGGAUUACACAAAAAAGAACAUUAUCGCGAUGAUUGUCUCUGUUUUUAACUGGCUACUCCGCUUUUGCUUCCUGGUGAUGGCUUGUUUUCUAGCGGCCGGAGCGCUGUACCACGGAACGGGAGCGGUAGCCUACCCCCCACGGGGGACGCUGCACACCGUCACCCUUCCCGAUGGGCGGAGCCAGAGCGUCCAUGUGUAUUGCGAAGGCCCGGUUAAUGCCAGCAUCCCGGUGGUGUUGUGGGAGGGGUCAGCCGCCCACGGGUACGCGGAUUACCUGGGUUUGCAGCGCGUGGUCAGUGAGCAGCAUUUCCGGUCGUGUUCCUGGGAUAAAGUGGGACUGGGGUGGAGUGAUUACAUGCUGGUGGAUCAGCAUGGUCCAGAAGGGUAUUAUCACAGCCUGAUAGAGUCGGUGAAACAGACGGAGCGGGCGCCGUUUAUCUUUGUCGGGUGGGGCGCCGGUGGCGCAUUCGUGUACGACUACGCGGCUCACCAUCCGGAAAACGUAGCGGCCAUAAUCUACGUGGACGCUUAUCCCAUCCACGCUGAUUGGCUAGCGCUGAAAGACCUCAUCAACAUGACCGACGCCCAAGUCAACGCCACCAUGGCAAACGACGUUCAAGACGGCAUCCGCGGCGCCCGCAUGCACAACGUUAUCGGUGUCCCUUGGGGACUUAUGUCCGCCCUCCUCCCCGCCGACCAUUCUUACCCGGAGGAACUCCGCAGCGAGAAACGCUGGUUUUAUCUAACUGAGAAGAUGCGCAUCACGCAGCGCUGGGUCUUCGAAGACCUUCCCAAUCAGAGAGACGUCUUCGCACAGAAUAUUACCGGGAAUAUCACAGUCAGCGCCGUGAUGUCGGCGUGGAACGCUUCGCAGGUGGGACGGUUGGUGUGCGACACGCUGAAGCUGGACAACGAUGCGUGCGAUCUACAGAAGAAGAAUAAUGACUGGAUGAUCGAUGCCAAGAAGGGGCUGGUGAAGAACGGUGGGAUGAUAGUGGAGUGCCGCGAGGAUGUGUGUGAUCAGGGAUACUUUGUGGAUGUCAGUCCACACUAUACCGUUAAUCAGAUUGUUCGCAUCUGGGAGUACGUUCGGCCGAGAGUGUCGUAAUGCGAUUAACGGGCUAUUGCGUUGGAUGAGUGAAUUAGUCCGAGUGCUGUCGUUAUUUGAUAUGAUGCAGGAAACCGGCAGCAUGCAGUUUUCCGGUUGACAGUGUUAUUGCAGAUCUCGAAAUUCAAUAUGAACGGUUCAAUUUUUUUAUAUUAGAAAUGCGAUGAGCGGAAUAAAAUGUUGGCUGCAGCA